UAGAGGUUUUAGGAUUUGGUUGGUGCUUUUCACCUCUUGUUGCUGCUGUGCCCAAGGAGGGAAAGAGGAGCAGCUGCAGGAGGAUCGGGAAGGUUUUCUGAUGUAGUCAUCGGGGAGGUGCCACUCGCUCCUGCGCUCUCUCUCUCUCUUUUUUUUCUUCUCUUUUCCCGUUUCAAACUGAUUGAUGCAUCUCUACAAGUUGCCGGGCUUGGGGCAAGACCCGUCGGAGUCGCAGGGACACUUCUGAGCGCUCACCCGAGGCUCUUGGCACCGCGUCUGGGGGCUCAGUCUUGCUCCCGGAAGGCGAUCGGAGACUGACAUCAGCCCAUCCAGGAGUUGGAGGGAUUCAUUUAAAAAGUGAUUGUUUUCCCUCUCGCUCUCCAGCCUAACAGUUGGGUUGGCGUCGUCCUGCAGGUUUGGGCAUCCCAGCUCCGCCUCGCUGGCUGGUUCGUAACCUCUGCUCUUCAUUCACUCUGGUGCACCCACACCCGGCCAAGAAAAGCACGCGCGAGAAAUCCCCGAGGCUCUGCCAGCGCCAGGGGUGUCGUCUCCCGCCGCCGCAGUCCGACUCCGCCGGGGGGACCUGCCGGAAGAUACGGAGAGCCAAACUUUUCUUUGAGGUUUUCAAGGCAAGACCGCUCCUCGCCAGCUUAACUGCCGCUUAAGCAGUUCCAGGACGCCGGCGGGGCUGGGUUUGUGGCCCCGGAUCCCCACCCUUUUCGGCGCACCGCCCCGAUUCCGCAGCACCUACGACUCCUCCGAGAUUUCCAAGGGUCUCCCGGUUAAGGCACAGAGGAGGCGGGGGAAGGGGGUCCUUACCUCCGGGGCCACAGGCGCGAAGCCCUCCAUCCACACGGAGCCCUCCUCCUGCAGUUUCUCACCCGCCGCCAAAGUAACUUGGAGCGAAGCGGGGCGCACUGCGAGGGCCCUGGGCGGCGGCGGAGCCGUGCGCAGCCCGCGGCGCCGACGCUGAGCCGGGCCCGGCGGGCCAGUGUAUGUCUCCCCGCGGCUGCGGCGCGCAACUCCCGGUGACUGUGCAGCGUGCGCCGCCGCCUGCCCCAACCCGCGGUGCCGCCGCCCGGCCGGGUGCGCACCUCCUCCUCCCGGGGUGACCGGCCUGCCGCCGCCGCUCGAGACACAGCUUGGCACCCCUUCCCCCGCCCUCACCGCCGCCACCACACACACGCAUGCUUCUCUCCAUCUUGUGAUUCCUUUUUUCCUUCUGAACCCUCCAUUGGGGGUGCGAGUUCGUCUUUGCCCCCUCCCCGACCUCCCCCCGUCUCCUCUUCUCGUUCUCCUUCCCCUCCCCAGCUUGGUGUGCGCCUCUUUCUUUUCUCGCCACUCUUCAUUCUUAUUUAUUCAUAUUUAUUUGGCUCCUGCUCUCUUUCUCCCCUUCCCUCCCUCCCUCCGGAUCCCUGCUCUUUCCCCGGAGUGGCUUGUCGGGGGCUCCGCCGCUGGCCAGGCGUGAUGUUGCACGUGGAGAUGUUGACGCUGGUGUUUCUGGUACUCUGGAUGUGUGUGUUCAGCCAGGACCCAGGCUCCAAGGCCGUCGCCGACCGCUACGCCGUCUACUGGAACAGCAGCAACCCCAGAUUCCAGAGAGGGGACUAUCACAUUGACGUCUGUAUCAAUGACUACCUGGAUGUUUUCUGCCCUCACUAUGAGGACUCGGUCCCAGAAGACAAGACUGAGCGUUAUGUCCUAUACAUGGUGAACUUUGAUGGGUACAGUGCCUGCGACCAUACUUCCAAAGGGUUCAAGAGAUGGGAAUGUAACCGGCCCCACUCUCCAAAUGGACCGCUCAAGUUCUCUGAGAAAUUCCAGCUCUUCACACCCUUUUCUCUGGGAUUUGAAUUCAGGCCUGGCCGGGAAUAUUUCUACAUCUCCUCUGCAAUCCCAGAUAAUGGCAGAAGGUCCUGUCUAAAGCUCAAAGUCUUUGUGAGACCAACAAAUAGCUGUAUGAAAACUAUAGGUGUUCAUGAUCGUGUUUUCGAUGUUAACGACAAAGUAGAAAAUUCAUUAGAACCAGCAGAUGACACCGUACAUGAGUCAGCCGAGCCAUCCCGCGGUGAGAACGCGGCACAAACACCAAGGAUACCCAGCCGCCUUUUGGCAAUCCUCCUGUUCCUCCUGGCGAUGCUUUUGACGUUAUAGCACAGUCUCCUCCCGUCACCUGUCACAGAAAGCAUCAGGGUCUUGGAACACCGGAGAUCCACCUAACUGCUCAUCCUAAGAAGGGACUUGUUAUUGGUUUUUUGGCAGAUGUCAGAUUUUUUUUCUUUCUUUCAGCCUGAAUUCUAAGCAACAACUUGGGGCCAGGAGGGCUCAAGUAGUUGCUGCUCCCCUGCCCUGCCCCCCGCCCCCAGCCCUUGCCCUUGCCUUCUCUCAUCCCUUCCAAAUUAAAUGGACUCCAGAUGAAAAUGCCCAAUUGUCCAUAGUGACACCAGUGGUCGUCAGCGCCUGUGCAUUCUCCUCUAAGAGCCCACCUCUGUUAGUGUACUGUGACAGUGGUCUGUGGACAAGGAGGAACGGUGGCAGAUGCGGCUAGUGAUGGCAAGGCCCAGGGGGGUUUUCCUCUCCCAUACAAUAUUUAUGCCUUCUCAUUCAGGACUGUAAGAUGAUCGUGCGGGGCAUCAUGUCACCAUGUCAAGUCCAGAGGGGAGGUAGUAAGGACAGAUAUAAUAUUACACCCUUUCCUCUAGGAGUACAUAAAUGAACAGGCUUCCAAAAGGUUGAGACACUGGUUUGUUUUGUUUUGUUUUUUGGUUCUUGGGUUUUUUUUGUUUUUUUGUUUUUUGCUUUUGUUUUUGGGGGUUAUUUUUUUACGAUGACUGUCUUAAAGCACUCUUGACAGCAAAACUUGUGCUCCAUGAAAGCAGCCUUUUUUUCUAGAAAGCAGGUCGGGUGCGGGAAUGCUAGCUAGCACAGAGCAAGGGUGAGAACAGAGAAAACUAGGUUUGGUGGGGGUGUGUACGUGUGAGUGCCUCUCAUUUUUUUGGUGACUGGACAAUGCACACCAGAUUUUUUUUUCCCUUGGAAUACAGAUCACCAUGGUGCUACAAUAAUUUUUUUUAAAAAGAAACUCAAAGAGGCAUUUUUAUGAAUAAAGUGACCUUCCCCAAGGCUGACAAGCCAGGGUUGAUGAGUGUAUAAUGGAAUAGCUCUGGAUGCUCCUCUGGGGGACAAUAUGUACCAAGGAAAGGAGGUCAGUGGCCAGAGGAGAUGUGAUUUGGCUUUGCUGGAGCGCCAGUGUGUGCUGUGGCCUUUCCCCGACUCCCACCCUAGUACCCACGUUUUGCUCCACACUCCACAACUACAGGGGCUCGGACACACAGCCCUGUCACCAGGAGAGUCAGUCAGCACUACUUGGGAGGGCUAAAGGGAAAUUUGGAAUAAAAAUUCCAAAGUUUGGAAUAAAAAAUGCAAGUGUUGAUUUUAUAUUCUUUCCCUUUCUGACACAGCCUGAAGCGUAGGGGGAACAUGUGUUUAUCUGUGGGAGAUAAACAAGAUGGAGUCCCAAAGACUUUAACAAAAUAUUUUUUUAAAAAUCCACUAGAAUAGAAAAUACAUUAUUUAGAUAUACUUUAUGCUGAGAGUGAGUAUAUAUGCUUGUCCUAUUUAAACUUGUGAGAAAAAAAGUGGUAUCCCUUGAUACAUUUAGAAAUAUAGGGGGCUAUCUUGUUUCAUUGUCGGGGUGGGGCAGAAGGAGAAUAAACGCAAGACGACCCUGUUUGAGGAAUCUUAGCAUGGCCAACAAGGGCCAUUUCCAGCUGAUUACGAGGAAAUACAAGCCUUGGGGGUUACUUAACUACUGGUGAGGCUGUCACCAACUUUGAACUCCAAAAGCCUAGACAGGGAAAAGUGUCAGACCAAUGGAAAAGAAAUCUAGCCUUUUUACUAUUGCACGACAUGUCAGUAGGAACCAUGCCUUUCAGAACAGAGCAAGAAAUAAAUGCAGUGAUUAUGUAACUUACGAAAAAUUGGAAGCAUUCCAGCAAAAUAAGGCUUUUUAAAAAUAGGUAUAUUUGUUUUUUUAAAAUGUCUAUAUGAAAAAAAGAGAGGGGUCAUAUUAUGCACAGACUUCGUGAAUGGGAAUUUGCUACGAAUUGUGAGUAGUUCUGAAUUAGAAAAAUGUGUGUGAAUGAAAGGCAGCUGUAAAGGUACUUGCACCCUGGAGAGUUGUACACAUGUUGGCAUGUAAUCUGGGCUUACCUGAUCCAUUUGGAAUGGACGUUACUGCUGGGUCUCUUUGCACUUGGGGCCCCGGGGGUGGGGUCGCCAGCCUCACAGACACAAUCAGUGCUGCUUCCCCAGACAUCAGGAACUCCUCUGGAGUGACCGAGUCUUGUCACAGAAGGCAGCCACCAUUUCACUGGAACAGAAGUUCACAGCAUUGGAUUCUUUUUUCCUUUAACUCUUUAUAUGCUCAGUACUCUCAGUAAUAUCCAGUAAUACUUCUUUUUAUUAAUAGUUACAGGCUUGUUGGUCCAGUGGGAUUUGAGUGGGGGUGGGGGGAGGAUACCUGCUAAAAUGGAUCAAUAGAACCAAAAUAAUACUGCAUGUUCUAUAACCACAAGGAAAUCGAAUGAUCCUGUAAAGAUUCCAGUUAGUCAUAACUACAUUAGCAGUGCUAAUUUCAUUUUAGAAAUGGUGACUUCUGUGGUUUUGCUAGCAUUCGUCUCUAACAAAUGAUAAAAUAAUUACUCAUGGCCCUCUCUGCCACUGUCUUUCAUUUUUCACAGUGAAAUUAGACCCCUUUACUUCAUUAUGCCACUACAAAUUAAGUUUGGGGAAAAAAAAAAAAAAGGCAAGACUAUCCACAC